ACCUCUUUCCUUUUUUUUUUUUUUUUCCAGUAUUCGCUAUUACGCACAUACGGAGACAGAGGUCCAUUAUCCACUCCUGCAAGGAUCACAUCACUUACUUCUGCUGAACAGCGGGCAGACAGGCCAAGUAGUAAUGGUAUCCUUUGUAUGACGAUAGCAAGGUAUCCAUCCACAUUGACCAUUAUUGCCACUGAGAGUCCACGAAGGCCAAAAACCUUCCUACCUUCCUUCCAAUCCUUCCUACGUACGACACUACACUAG